AUGAGUUUGAGUGAUUCUGAGGCGGUGGAUCAAAAUACUGGCGAUAUGGCGGAGGACGGCCGCAUGAUUCCUGGUUAUGGUUUGUUUCGAAACCCAUUCCGUGAUUUGAGGACGAUAAAUGUAGAGUGUUGGGUUAUAGUGGAGGUAGUUGCUCAGAAAGUAUUGAAUAUUGUGCAUCCAACACUCGGUUCCGAGAAGAAGCGGAAAGAAAUCAUUGACUGCAUUAGUAGACUCUUCGACAGUAUCCUUAACGAUAAGGUGUUCCCCUAUGGGUUAGUUCCACUCAAGACGUACUUACAUCAUGGAGAUAUUGACUUUACUAUCAUUAAGAGUCCUAACGUUGAGGAAUCUUUGGCCCAUGACAUUCUCGCUCUUCUAAAUAGGAAAGAGCAAAGUGGAAAUUCUGAGUAUGAAGUUAAAAAUACUGGAUUGAUUGAUGUUGAGGUGUGUAUGAAGUUAAGGAUACCCAAUUGGUCGAUGUUGAGGUAG